AUGCGUUUGCAUUCAUUGCUUGUGACCAACGCAUGCGACGUGCUCCACCAGCGGCGGGUGCCGCUUGCUGAGUCCGAGAAGACCCAGCCUUCUGGUGGGGAUGAUGGAUGCGGAGGGCUGCUAGGUGACCGUGCAGCUCCUCGCGCUCGGCUGGCGGCCCCCUGGGACGCGCCGCUGGGACGCGCCCUGGCGACCUCCAGGCAGCGGCCCUUUGCGCGUUCUAAUUGA